CCGUCCUCUACGAUCCUCCCUCUUUCGCGUGCAGUCACUCGCGAGAUGGAAGCUGAUAUUGUGUGAAUUCUCCAUCGGCCUUCAAGAGGAGGUUCCUUUCGUUCGUCGUGAGGAAGACUUCGCGGGCAUCAAGAAAUGGGACCCUACCUUCAGGCACCCAUGCAGACCCCGUGAGGAACCUAGAGAGUCCUAAAUAAUCCGCGCUAACCCCAUCCAGCCUUCGUCCAAGAGGAUGACCGGAUCCUUCGCCUUCCUCUGGAUUUCCCUCCUUUCCCCCUUCCCCUGGGUGGCCGGGCACAAAGACUGUCCGAACUGGACGAGGCUGGGGAAUUCGGGCCAGGUGCCCUGCACCUGCUCCGAACCACGCUCCGGCGCAGUGACAGUGGAUUGCUCGAACGCUGAGACUAGUGUAAAGCUCUGGUCGGCCUUCAACAAGGUUUCCUGGUCAUCGACUCAAUUCUGGAAAUUCAAGAUGGACAAGAACCCCAACGUGGAAGAGAUCCAAGAAGAUGCAUUCGCAAGCGUCUCCUUCGAGAGGAUCAACAUCCGCAACAGCGCCCUUAGGACGAUCCAUCCGUCGGCCCUCCUCGCUUCCGCAGAGACGCUAUUCAUGCUGGAAAUCUUCUCCAGUCGCAUGGAGAGUUUUCCUUUCUACAUCCUCCCCCAGCUGACCAGCCUCAAGGCUCUGAUCCUCCCGCUCAAUCGCUUCGCGUCCGUCCCGCCCCUUCAGAGCGGAAGCCUCGAGGAACUCUACUUAAUGUGGAAUAAAAUUUUGAGGUUUGAGAAAGACGGAUGGGCGACUCCUAAAUUGAAGAAACUCAUUUUAGAUGGGAACCCUUUCUCGGAGUUCCCAUCGGAUGUCAUCAAGGGAUUGGAGAGACUGGAGGAGUUCUCUUGCGCGGACUGCAACCUGGGACCGAGCCUUCCGAGCGGGUUACUCAAUUUCCGCAGCGAGACCUUGAAGGUGGUGAAUCUCGCUUGGAAUAAAAUCGUCAGGUUGGAGCCCGGAGCCAUCACAGGUAGGAUCCUC